GUCUGAACAGAUGCACACCUAUCCGGUGUAAGGUCUCUGUUUCCUUUCUGUUCCGUCUCUCGCGGAUUUUUCUCUUUCUAAAGAGAGGUCGGGCCACCCGCUCCUUCUUGUUGCCACGCUUAUUUCAAAGGCUGUUAUGGGAUAAGCCCCAACCUUGAAUACGACGCCCUUAGGAACUCUCAAGACAGCGCAGAGAACAUGUUUUUCGCCAGCAGCUCUAUGCUGCUGCGGCGCGCCACUAAGGCGGCGGCUGCCACACCCAGCUCGGCUAGGGCCUUCGCGGCCAGCCCUUCUUCUCGCUGGUCAUCUUCCGACAGCUCGGUAGCUGCAGAGAGUGCGGAGAGCAGUGCAGCCGGCGCAGCACGCAACUCGAAGGAUGCGUCAGCAUCCUCAAACGCUGCGUUCUCUUCGCCCUUGAACAGAAAGCAGCGCUUCGCUCACAGGGUCCCCCAGCCGAAUCAAGAAGCCCUUCUUCAACGGCCACUUUCUUCGUCCGCACCCAAUGCAGCGUCUUCGUCAUCCUCUUCGUCACCGGCUCAGCAAUUCAAUCUUGGCGACCUUGCGAGCAUGUCAGCACUGCUGUACCACCCUGACCCUAUCCUCGAUUCUGGCCACACGCUAAACAACCCGGCGACGCCGUCGAAUCCCUUUCGGUCGAGUGUGACAUUUUACAACUCUGAUCUCGAGACUGGUGGAUCCAUCUUCCCUCAGACUCCGCCAUCUGCCGCAUCACUCGUUCUCUCCUCCACGAGGGGAGGCGGUGGAUCGAAUGAGAUUGACUCGGCCGCAUACCUCUCCUCCAUCACGCCCCUCUCCGCAAAGGAGAUCAACAAUCUGCAUCGACACACGCUCGUCAUCCGGCGAGUAGUACGCAUGACGACCAAGGGCAAAGUAGCAUCGAUGUAUGCGCUCGUCGUUGCUGGCAACGGGAGAGGCCUGGUGGGAUACGGCGAAGGAAAAGAUACGAACGCAGGCAAGGCUGCCAGGAAGGCUUUCCACGAGGCCGUCAAGAGGAUGGAUUACGUCAAACGCCUUGAGGGCCGCACCAUCCACACCGAGUCGACCAGCAAAUGGGGCUCAAGCCAUGUUACCAUCAGACCUAGACCAGCCGGAUUUGGACUCCGUGUCCCUCCCGUCAUUCACUCGCUGGCCCGCGCAGCAGGCUUGUCUGAUCUCUCCGCCUCUAUUCAGGGCUCGUCGAACCCACUCAAUGUCAUCAAAGCCGCGUGUCAGAUCCUAUGGCAAGGCUCAAAUCCCAUUGGCCUUGGCGAUGGUGUCGGUGGUAGAGCUAGGAGGAAUGACCGCGGUCGCGGCAUGCCCGACCUUCGCGAGAUCGAGCUCGCCCGAGGCCGGAAACUGCGAGAGGUUCAGCUGGGGAGGUCCGAUGUAGCAUAGUCAUCAUCCAUGCAGCGUUUCUUUUGGAUGCAGGGUAACAACUUGCAUGCAAGCAUCCC